GACAGGGGAGGAACGCGCUCAGCUCCGCGCUCCGAGCCGACGAGGGGGGCUCGCGCCGGCCUCGGCGCGCGCGUUGGGGAGCGGCCCCGGGGGCGCCGUGGGAGCCGGCGGCAGCGAGGAUGCCGGCACGAGAACGCGGCUGCCGGCUGGGGGUGUGAGCCAGAGGCUGAGCGCUGCCCCUGCUCGGCGUCUCCAUUCUGCCGCCCCCUCCCUGCGGGCCUCGGAGGAAGCCCCCCGCGCCGCACGGAGGCGCCAAGGCAGCCGGGCUGCGGGGCCCCGGCCGAGAGAGAGGGAGAAGAUGCCCUUCCACCAUGUGACCGCCGGCUUGCUGUACAAGGGGAAUUAUCUCAACCGAUCUCUCUCUGCUGGCAGCGACAGUGAGCAGCUGGCCAACAUCUCUGUGGAGGAGCUGGACGAAAUCCGAGAAGCUUUCCGGGUACUGGACCGAGAUGGAAAUGGCUUCAUUUCCAAGCAGGAGCUGGGCAUGGCCAUGCGCUCUCUGGGAUACAUGCCGAGCGAGGUGGAACUGGCCAUCAUUAUGCAACGUUUGGACAUGGACGGGGAUGGCCAGGUGGACUUUGAUGAAUUCAUGACAAUUCUUGGUCCCAAACUGGUGUCAUCAGAAGGCCGAGAUGGUUUUCUUGGAAACACCAUCGACAGCAUAUUCUGGCAGUUCGACAUGCAGAGGAUAACCCUGGAGGAGCUCAAGCACAUUCUCUACCACGCCUUCCGGGACCACUUGACAAUGAAGGAUAUUGAGAACAUCAUCAUCAAUGAGGAGGAGAGCCUGAAUGAGACCUCGGGGAACUGCCAGACGGAAUUCGAAGGCGUGCAUUCUCAGAAACAGAACAGACAGACCUGCGUCCGGAAGAGCCUCAUCUGCGCCUUCGCCAUGGCCUUCAUCAUAAGCGUCAUGCUGAUUGCCGCCAACCAGAUCCUGCGGAGCGGCAUGGAGUAGCUGCAGCCCCCUGCAGCCCCCAUGGUGCCUCCAGCUCACCCGCAUGUGCAUGGGGCCCAGCGAGCAGACUCUGUUCCUAUUCAUGGCAGACCUGGACCUACAGAUGGUGGACUGGACGGGGUAGUUGGCACAGCUCGACUCGGGACCCAAGGCUUGCAGCGCAACCCGGGUUGCCAGUCAACUCCAUGUCCUUGGCAGGGAUACUCAAGGGCUGUCUUCAACGCUUUAAUGGUUUUGUUUUCCUCUAACGCAAUAAAUUGCCAGGAGUUC